UCCGACCAGAGAUGGGAUUAAUAGGCCACGUCAGCGACUGUUCAACAGAAUCAAUCCCAAUCCUUGUCAUCGUAAUCAUCGCCAAAUUCAUCAGCUAUCUCCGGUCGAAAGCUAACGCCGUUUUCCACUCACUGGGUUUUUUCAAGCCGUCCGAUCAAGAUGACGUGGAUAGGGUACUACUAAUGGGUGAUAUUGGAUCGGGUUUGGGUAAUUUGACUAUAUUAGCCGAACAGUUGAGUGUGAACCGGGUUAUUUCUGAGACGUAUGGGUUCAAAGAAGGAGAACCGGAGGGUUUAGAUUCAUGUAUUGUAUGUUUGUCUUGUUUAAGAGAAGGAGAUCAAGUUCGCAGGUUAGAAUGUCGACACGUGUUUCAUAAGAAGUGUUUUGAUGGAUGGUUGGAUCAUCUUAACUUUAAUUGUCCACUUUGUCGAACCAUGAUUGUAUCGAAAGAACGUGUUGCUGAAGCUCAUCGGAAAGCCAAUAGAGAUGCUGCUGCUUUUUUGUAUUUUCGUUGAAUGAAGAUUUUGAUUCAAAAACUUGUUUUAGAGAGAGGGAUGAGAAUUAUCUUUUGUUUUUAUGUACUUUUUUGUUGUUGUUGUUGUGUUUUUUGAUUUCCAAUCAAAUCGUGUAAUGUUUUUCUUAUGAAUUAAGAGUUGGUCUUUAAUGGGUAUUUUUUAG